CUGUGCUGUCGACGUGUUUGGUGGGUCAGAGAGCAGAAGGAGACAGCCCAGGUUGAUAAAGAGAACCCGGAGCGCUGAAGCAGUGUGUGGUAAAGCGCGGUCUAUUCAAGAUAGCAAACUCUUCUCCCACUUGCAGCAUGCCUCUGGAGUACAAAGUGCACAUUCAGCAGUGAAGUUAAAUAUGACAUGGAGCAGAAUGAAAGAAGUACCAAAUUGGAUAGAGCUAUUUAUUUUUAUAUAUUCUUAAAUAUUCUAAAGUGUGCAUUUCAGCUGACAGAUUGCUCAGCUUGCCAGUUUGCUACGAAUAAAUCAACACUGAGUGCUUUGGUUGAAUGGAAUCAUUUUUCUGACAGAAUACAUGCAGAUAGUUACUUGAUCACAUAUGGAACAUUAUCUCCACGUUUUUCCAGUACUGUGAGAUCUGUUCAUGGAUUAAAUAUCAUCUUGGAUGACCUUCUGGAAAAUUUGAGCUAUUAUUUUACUAUAAAAUCGGUAACCAAUGGGAAAAUCUCAGACAGCAAAUCAUUUACUACUUGUUUGCUGGGAGAAGUUGGCAUAAAAACAAAUGUUUCAACAACUACUGUAACAUUCGAUUGGAGUGACUUUGGGAUUGGAAGGUUUUUAACUACAAUAAGCCUAAAUUCCACUUCAUACAUUGUACCACCAACUACAAAUAAUUACAUUUGGAAUCAUUUAAAGCCUGGAACAUUGUAUAAUUUCUCUUUGGAAUUCAAGCAAUCACAUCAUGCAGGACUCACUUUGACACAAGUAUUUUAUAUGAUUAUUGAAACAGCACCAUGUCCUCCUGGUUGGAUAGGAUCAUUUUAUAGCUGUUACUGGAUCAGAAAAGACUACAAGAAAUGGAAAGAUGCAUCACAUCUCUGUGAGUUAGCCGCUAAUACUGUCCACCUUAUUGACAUCAAUACCGAAGAAGAAUAUAAGUUUAUAUCUUCUCACCUGAGGUCACUGAAUGACUUCAGCAUGUUGUGGACUGGUCUAAAUGACAUUGAUACAGAAAAUGAGCUUCAGUGGACCGACAGGACAGCCUUUAAUUUAAGCACUAUCUUGCUGCAAACUCUGCCAUCAAAUGAGAGUGAUUGCUAUGCAUUACAACUGAACCCAUUGGGUCCAGACUAUGUACUUACUGAGCUUUUCUGCUUCCUGGCUCUGCCAUAUGUUUGUGAAUAUGAAGUCUUAGUUCUUCCCAAGACAAUUAAACUAAAGUCAGAAGAUGUUAAAGAAAAUGAGGCUACUAUUCUCUGGGAUGAUUUACAGGAUUUGUUCUCUUCAAUGUCCGAGUUAUUUAUUUGGUACCAACCAAAUUCUGAUGAAGAAAAUCAACAUUCCAAUAAAAUAUUACUAAAUGAGACUCAGGUAGUCAUAUCUGGUCUGAAACCUGGUCACCACUACUACUUUGCAUUAAUGAUGAGAGAUAACAUGGGUAUCCAGAGAACAGUUAGUCCUGUUUUGAAUGUGAAAACAAGGCCAAAUCCACCACGAAAUAUUACAGCAGGAGAAGUAACAUCCUCUUCACUACAGUUGCUUUGGGUUCCUCCAGAGAAAUCACUGCCUCGAUCCUUUCAUCACUAUCUUGUCAGCUUUAUGCCAGUUAAAUCAAGAGGUCUAGUAACUGAAGAUGUUGAAAGAGAUAAAACAUCUGUGGUACUUAGGAACCUUAAGCCAUUCCAAUCAUAUGAAAUCUAUGUCCAAGCAGUGACGGAGGGAGGAUCACUGAGUUGUGCUGAAGGACCAUUGUUUGCAAGUACAGAUCCCAGCCCUCCGGUCAGUAUUUACAUUGAUAAUGCAGAUGUUUGGGAGAACACAAUCAUUGUACAUUGGGAGCCUCCAUUGGAAGGAUGUAAUGAAUACCACCUUCGAAUACAGAUGAGCAAUAAAAGUAGUGAAGUAAAAGAGUAUUCAGUAAUAAAUACAACACUAUUUCAAUUUGAUUUCAUGAUACCUGGAGCCACAUAUGACAUUGAGGUGAUGGCAGUAAAGAGUGGGAAGAGAAGCAAGCCAAAAUUUAUCACACAAACUACAAAGCCACAACCAGUUGAGAUUGUCUUUCCCAUUGAUGUUCAGACCCACUCAACAGUGCUGUAUGUUGGAAUGCCAAAAAUCGGCUUAUUUGAUGGAGUCAUUGUUACCUAUGGAGAUGGAAAUAAAAUAAUAUCUACAUCUAAGAGAGAUUUUAAUAUAACUAUAGAAAAUUUGGUACCCGGUGAAGAAUAUAGCUUUGCAGUAUAUUCGAACAGUGGCAACAUGAAGAGCAAAGUAUAUAGAGUUCCCAUUGUGAAAACAUAUUUGGUACCACCCACUAAUCUACGUGAAGGGAAAGUCACAGAAACAUCACUGGAGUUACUGUGGGAUAAAGCGGAAGGGCAUUUCAACCAAUAUGAAGUGCUAUGUCUAAAUUGCGACAACCAACUUGUGGUUCAAAAGGUCAAACAAGAGUAUGCAGUAUUUACAAAGCUGACUCCAGGAAAACUGUAUAAUAUUUCACUACGAACAGAAAAGGAAAACUAUCAAGAUAGUGUUCCAGUUAAACAAUUAAUACGUACAUUGCCAAGUCCUGUGGAGUAUCUGGAUUAUAACAAGACUUCUGAUUCAAUAACACUCAGCUGGCCAGAACCUGCUUGUAUAUUUGAUGGCUAUAAUCUAACACUCUCUAGCAAAGUUAUGCAUCAGGUUGUUGAAGUUCCUUUUACUCAGUCACGAACAUAUCACUAUGACAAGCUAAUGCCAGGUACCACGUACUCUAUAACUAUUGAAACAACAAGUGCAACAAAGAAGAGCCAUCCCACGACAAUUAUUAUAACAACAUUUCCUGAACCUCCAGUGGACCUGCAGUUUGUUGAACAGGAUGAGAACUCUGUAUACUUGUUUUGGAAGGCUCCAAGGGGUGAUUUUGAUAUUUUUGAGUUAAGGUAUAAUUUACCAGGGAUCAAUGAAACAACAUAUAGAACAACUUUAUGUGGCAAUAAUUUCAGGGUCAAAGAUCUAAUUCCAGGAGUAGAAUAUGUUUUCCAAAUAAAAACAGUUAAAGGCGUGGAUGUGAGUGAAGUGAUCGAGAAGAGGCUAAAAACAAAACCUGAAAAUCCCCAAAUGUUGGAAGUUUCAAACAUUUUAGCCACAGGAUUUACUUUACACUGGAGGGCACCUGUUGGAAAUGAUGGUAAUUACAAAGUGGAUCUCAUUCCUGACCAAGGCUUUGUUAAUAUCACAAACCUGGGGGAUGGCAGCUUCAAGGCUGAUGUUUUCGAUGCUACCCCAGGUAUAAAGUACACCAUCACCGUCUCCUCAGUCUCUUCAUCAUUUAGCAAGUCUGUCAGCAGAUCAUUUACAACAAAUGAAACUUAUGCAGUCUCUCCUGAUGGUCUUGCAGUAGGCCUCAUUGGUGCAACUGCUAUAAUGUUGGCAUGGAAUGUCCCUUCACAUCCAAAUGGAAGAAUUUUAUCCUAUAUGGUAGAGUACAAAGAGGUUUGUCCUGUUCAGCAAGCCGACUUCAUUCAAGUUUCAACACAUGCAGAAACUACUGAGUUUCUUCUCAACAAUCUAAAACCAGGCGCAGCUUAUAAAAUUCGGGUGGCAGCUGAGAACAGUGCAGGCAUUGGAGCUUUUAGUACUUUUCGCCAGGUGGUAACUGCAGAAAGCGCUCCUGGCCCAGUUUUAUCUCUUACUGCAACAGCAGUCAACCACACAGCUGCCAAUGUGACGUGGUUUCUACCUAAACGGCCAAAUGGGAAAAUUACACAUUUCAGCAUAAUUAUAAAGUCUGUAAGAAGUGGACACUUAUCAAAAAAUAUAUCAGUGAAUGCAGAAGCACUUUUCCCAAGCACAUUAUUACAAUGUGAGGUAAGUGAAAAGAGUCUGAAGAGAUUUUUUCAUAUCCUUAGGGCGAAAGUUGAUGACAGUCCAACAAGUACUACCCCUGGAGCUUUGAUUUCAUCUUCUCCUCCUAGUAAUGUAUUUUUAGCAGCCACAUCAGGAUAUCUAAUACAUGAUGAUCCAUCACCUGAGUUUGCCAGCAUUGUGGUGGAUCAGCUGAAACCCUACACCACUUACCUAUGUGAGGUAUCUGCAUUCACAAAAGAAGGAGAAGGCCAGGCAGCAAGUGCUCUAUUUAGAACCCCUGAGUGGAUUCCAGAAGAACCACCUCAAAACCUAAUUGUCAGUAAGAUUACCUCAAGGUCAUUUGUGAUUAGCUGGGAUCCACCACCAACAAUAACUGGAAGACUCUUUUAUAGAGUUGGACUAAUCAACCCAUUAGGGCAAAUAUCUCAGAACAGCACCAGAGAAAUGACAUACAUUUUUACUAAUCUGCUGCCAUUUACAAAAUAUGAAGUGUUUGCAAUUGCUGAGACAGUGGUGGGACCUGGACCAAAGGCCAGUGUGAAAGUUACAACCUCAUCUGAAGUUCCAGGAGAAGUGUUUGAUUUAAAGGCAACAGAAGUUGAAAGCAAAUCAGCAAAAAUAGAAUGGGGAAAGCCUCGUCAACCAAAUGGAAAAAUCAUCCAGUAUCAAAUCAUUGUCCUUCUAUUGGAGUCUCAACUAUCUGUACAAAAUAUAACCUUGACCCCAGAAAAUCUCCAGGAAAUUAAAAACUCGACCGAAUCAAUAUAUCCUGGUACGUUGGUAACAGAUCCCUAUACGUUGACAUCAGAAAAUGAUGCAAUCAUUAUUACAGACGUUGAUGAAGGCUCCGCUGAACUGCUUUCUGAAUCCCCAUCUUUAGAACCUGCAGUGACUUCAUCUACUUCACCAAUUGAGAAAUUAAUCACUGUUAGUUCAGAUCUAUCUGGGACAUCCACUAUCCAUGAGAAAAGCUUGGCUGCAUCUCUGCCUGAUCAACUAACAUCACACAAGCAGAUAUUUUCUUCCCCACUAACUUAUACUAAAACAGCACUCUCUAGUACAAUGAACUCAAUGCCUGCUGCUGGCUCCACUACAUCCUUUACUAAACAAACAACAGUCAGCCCCAUGGGGCCCCUUGACUCUCUUUCUACAGUCAGCAUGAAUUUCAAGCUGAGAUCAAUGUUGCAUAGAAGAUCAGUUAUUCCAGUUGUCAAGGCAGGUGGAAUUUCCCUGCCUCCAAGUUCUUCACCAUUUCUUCCUCUGUGGAGGCUUCUGCCUAAUGGCCUUCAAAAUAUCACCAAAGAGAGUGAAAUCAGCCUGCAGGUCAUUGACCCUUCAUCUGAGCAGCUGUCAUAUGUUGUAAGAGAACUUGUACCCUAUACUGAUUACAUUAUCAGAGUGUCAGCAUUCACUAUUGUUGGAGAAGGACCACCAAGCAGUAUUUCUUUAAAGACACAACAAUAUGUACCAAGUUCAGUGCGGAAUAUAACUUAUAAAAAUCUCACUUCCACAUCGAUACUAAUAUUAUGGGAUCCGCCUGCUAUACCUAAUGGCAUAAUAACUCAUUACACACUCUAUGCUGUGGAGGAAGGCACAACUGAGGCAUUCCAAAGAAUUGUGAUGAGCAACAACAUUACUCUAACAGGUUUGAAAAAAUUCACAAAAUAUAAAAUGAGAGUGACAGCAUCUACCUCUGUAGGGGAAAGUGCCGUUUCUGGAGAAGAUGAUGUUUUUGUGCAGACUCUCGAAGAUGAACCAGAGACACCUCCUGAAAACUUAACCUUCAAUAAUAUAACAGCAACAUCUGUUCACUUGAGCUGGUCAACUCCAGAGAGACCUAAUGGAAUUAUUAUAUACUACGAAAUUAUGUAUGCCAAUUAUACUGAUUCCUUUGUACUGAACAGUACAGCAACUAACAUUUAUCUAGAAAAUUUAAAGUCAUUUUCCCCUUAUAACAUCUCUGUGAAAGCAUAUACCAAGUAUGGCCAUGGGAAUCAAACAUCAUUAACUGCGCUUUUGUUGACGGAACAAGGCAUUCCUGACAGUGCACCAGAAAAUAUCACAUAUAUAUUUAUUGCUCCACUGGAUAUUAUAGUAUCCUUUCUUCCACCAUCAACACCCAAUGGAAUUAUACAGUAUUAUACACUGUACCUUGCAGCCAAAAAUAACAGUGAACAGUUCACUGCACACAGUACAAAUCUGUCCAUCACUAUAACAGGCUUAAGUGCUAAUGAAAAUUACACCUUAACAAUAUCAGCAAGUACAAGCAAGGGUGAAGGAAUUAAAAGUCAACCAGUGUAUAUUUUGACAGGGGAAGGUGUUCCUGGCUCCCCCCCUCGAUCAUUAACAUCAAAGCAAUUGUCUUCUACCACUGUACGUUUGUCAUGGAAGCCUCCUUUGGAACCAAAUGGAGUGAUUCUGUACUACACAGUCCAUAUAUGGAGUGCAAUGACACAACUCAUUUUAAAUGAGACAGGAACAUCUGUAUUGCUGAAGGACUUGGUUAAUGUUGAAUACCAUGCUUUUGUAACUGCAAGUACUAAGUUUGGUAAUGGUGGAAUGAAAAGUAACAACAUCACAUUUCGAACUUCCGAAAGUUUAAACCCUGAAGGCACUAUCUCCUAUGUCAACAGAAGUUCUACAUCCAUUCAGGUCUUUUGGAAUCAUCCAUUUAAACCAGCUGGAAACGUUCAGUUCUACAUAGUUCACUACCGAAAUAUUUCAGGUGAUUUUACACAGAAUAUCACAGACUUUGAACAAGACAUUAAUGAUGACAAUGUUAAUGUGUCAGUAAUUUUGGUCAAUUUGACCAAAUUCAGUCACUAUAAACUGUGGAUGAUAGCCUGCUCUACCCUUACGGAUGAAAUUCAGACAAGUGAACUGAUUGAUAUAUAUACUGAUGAAGAUGUGCCAUCAGCUCCUCCACAAGACUUGAUGAUUAUAAAUCAUACAGCAGAUUCUGUUUUGGUUCGCUGGAAACCUAGCCCUAUGCCAAAUGGUAUUGUGAUGUUCUACAGUUUAAAAAUAAUUGACAACACAAAUGAAAAUAUAUAUUUUAAGAAUGUAUCGGGGUCAUUUCAUGAAGCACGUCUCUCUGACUUUGAAUCAUUGCGUAAAUAUUACAUCAGUGUAUCAGCUUUUACCAGAGUGGGAAAUGGAGAUCAAUUUAGUAAUACUGUAAUUUUCUCAAUAAACGAAUCAGUUCCAGAUGCCAUCCAAAAUCUUCAAUGCAAUGUAACGAGUUGGCAAUCGAUCAUUGUCGAGUGGGAUCCACCCAUAAAAUCAGGUGGAAUUAUCACUUAUUAUAUACUUAUAUUUGGAAAUAAUGUUCAAAAAAUUUUGUCCAGAAAUCGAACAUACACUUUUACGGAACUGCAAUCAAAUACUUCCUAUCACUUCAGUAUAACAGCAGCUAACUCUCUGGGCCAAGGAGAAAGCAAAAACUGUACCAUCACUACAUUAGCAGAAGCAGUCCCAAGUGCUCCUGAGAAUCUCGAAGUAGUUGGUAUUCAAUCAACCUUUGUUAUUUUGAGGUGGAUAUGGCCGGAUAUUAUACCUGGUCAUUUACGGUUUUUCAAGAUCAAUCUACAACUACGUUCUGCAUCUUGCAUGGACUGGGAAAAUCGAGAAUGCAUUGAAGCUGAGAAAAUUGAAGAUCAUGAGAUUGAUAAUGAUAAUAAUACCAUGGAGAUAAUUGUAUCUAGAUUAAAGAAAUUUCGAUGGUACAGAUUUAGGGUUUCUGCUGGUACAAAUGCUGGUUUUAGCAACUAUUCAGAUUGGAUUUCAGCAAAGACAACUGUUGGCUAUCCGGCUGACCCUCCAGAAAAUGUAACCGUUACAGUAAAAUCCCAUGAUGUUAUUGAGGUUGCCUGGGAAAUACCUACAGAUCCACCUUCCUAUCUUAUUGAUGUAAUUCUGACAGAUAGUGGGGAUACCAAUAUGACCAUUGUUAGAACAGGGAAACAGAACAAAACCUGUGAGAUCGCUGGUUUACAGCCAUUUACAAGAUACACUAUAAUCGUCAUAGCAUUUACAGGCAGAGAAGAAGAAGCCCGAAUUCAUGGCAAAGCCAGUGAGCCAAUCAUUGUUCGGACCCUUGAAACUCUGCCUAAAGAUGCACCAAAGAAUUUUACCCUUCAGAAAAUACCAGAUGAGGUGACAAAAGUCUAUGCAUCUUUCCUGCCACCUUCUAUGCCAAAUGGUAAUAUUCACGGAUACCAGGCUAUCAUUCACAAAGAAGGAGAAACUUCUGAACUCAGAGUCAACAAUCUGAAAGUUGUGGACAACAACCGAUCACUCAUUGCUGUCAUAGAAGGGUUAAAAGGUGGAAACACAUACACCAUAUGGGUUCGUGCUGUUAAUGGAGCUGGUAUUGGGCCCCAGACAUCAGAACAGACAGUAACUAUGGAUGUAAAAGCACCACCUAAACCUAAGCUCAAGCCAAUUCCAGCUUUAGAUAAAAAUGGAUUAUUGCAAGUCACUUCCACAACUAUUACAAUCAGAAUGCCUGUGUGUUACUUCACAGACGAACAUGGGUCUAUCAAGAAAAUUCAAAUAAUAGUGACUGAAAUAAGAGCUAUGAAUGAUAAAAAUAUUUCUACUUGGUAUGAUGCUUAUGUAAGGAAGCCAAAGCCAUACUUUGCAAAUGAAGGCUUUACAAACCCUCCAUGCAGCAGAACAAACACAGUCAGAGAAAAUGCUAAUGAAGAAACAUACACCAUUGGAGCUGAAAAUUCAUGUCAACACAAUGCAGAGCAAAUUUGCAAUGGCCCUCUAAAGAAUGAUAAAGAAUACUUGUUCAAAUUUCGAGCAACAAACUUUCAAAAGCAGUUUACUGAUUCUGAUUACUCCGAUCCAGUCAAAACCCUAGCUGAAGGUUUGUCAGGAAGAACUAUUGAAAUAAUCCUUGCAGUGACUUUGUGUGUGCUUUCUAUCGUUCUCCUUGUGAUUGUUGGCUAUGUGAUUGCAAGAAUAAGACAAAAGCAGAAGGAAGGUGGCACGUACUCUCCAAGGGAUGCUGAAAUUAUUGACACUAAGUUCAAACUGGACCAGAUGAUUGCAGUGACAGACCUGGAACUAAAGGAGGAGAAGCUGACACGUUAUUCCUCGUUAUUCUUUAGACGCAAGGAAAUUUAUGUCAUCCAGCUACUCAGUUAUAGGAAAUCUCUCAAGCCCAUUAACAAGAAAUUGUUCCUGCAACAUGUGGAAGACCUUUGUGUUAACAACAACCUAAAAUUUCAAGAAGAAUUUGCGGAACUCCCCAAGUUAGGCCAAGAACUCACAUCAUCUGAUGCUGACUUGCCUUGGAACCGAACCAAGAAUCGCUUUGCAAAUAUAAAACCAUACAAUAACAACCGAGUGAAACUUAUGCUUGAGGCUGGUGUCCCAGGGUCUGAUUUCAUCAAUGCUAGCUAUGUGUCGGGUUACCUCUGUCCAAAUGAAUUCAUUGCUACUCAAGGUCCUUUACCAGGAACAGUGGCAGACUUUUGGAGAAUGAUUUGGGAGACAAGAUCCCAAUCCAUUGUUAUGUUAACACACUGUUUUGAAAAGGGCAGAAUAAGGUGCCACCAGUAUUGGCCAGAGGACAACAAGCCAGUUACAGUAUUUGGAGAUAUUGUGAUCACUAAACUAGCGGAAAACAUUCAGGCAGAUUGGACCAUCCGAGAACUGAAAAUUGAAAAGUAUGGUGAUUUUAUGAUGGUGACACAUUUCAACUUUACUUCUUGGCCUGAGCAUGGUGUCCCAGAGACCAGUGCAGCUUUGAUUCAUUUUGUGAAGCUAAUUCGAGCAAACAGAGCCAAUGAUAACACUCCUAUUGUUGUCCAUUGCAGUGCCGGUGUAGGGAGGACAGGUGUCUUUAUUGCGCUUGAUCACCUGAUACAACAUGUGAACCACCAUGACUUUGUGGAUAUCUUUGGAUUUGUGGCAGAUUUACGAAGUGAACGAAUGUGCAUGGUUCAGAACUUGGCUCAAUAUAUGUUCUUACAUCAGUGUGCUUUGGAUCUAUUGAAUAACAAAGGAAACAGUCGUUCGCUGUGGUUUGUAAAUUACGCUGCUUUACAAAAGAUGGACUCUCUAGAUACAAUGGAAGGUGAUGUGGAAUUGGAAUGGGAGGAAACAACCAUGUAAUUCUCAGACACUGCUGAAGAAAAUUAGAGAUUUCAUUAAACUUGCUUUGAAAAAUUAGCAUGAGAGCUUCUACAAGUAAAGGCCAAAAUUAAUCUGUAAAUAGGCAAUGUUAAAUUACAAGCAUGACAGAAUCCUUAAUCACCACUGUCAUUAUCAAAUACUUCUUUACACUUCUGUGUUUGGC